CGAUUCUCAAUCUUUUCGUCGAUUGCUAGCUUAUAUCCACCCCUUUCUUCGUCCGGAUUCUUGCACUCAUUUCGUAAUGUAGUCAUUCAUGUUUAUCUGUUUUGUGUAAUAUUCUUCGUAUUUUGUUUAGUAAUCUAGUCAUAUGAAAGUAGCAUACAUACUAAACAGGAUUUGUUUUGCCUUUGCAGCCAUGCUUUGUUGUCUUGAAGAAGAAUUGAAAUCAAUAGAAAUUAUUUUAGGAAGCUCCUCGCCACGCCGGAAAGAAUUACUUCAAAACACUGGCGUUCAGUUCUCCACUGUUUGUCCUGAUGUUGAAGAGUCCCUACCUUUAGAACACUUUAAGUCAAUACCAGAAUAUAUUGAAGCUUUAGCUAAGUUAAAAGCUGAUGCAGUAAUGAAGACUGUUGUUGGUAGUGGGCAAGGCAGGGUAGUGAUUGGUGCCGAUACUCUAGUAUGUUUUGAAGGUUGUGUUUUCGGAAAGCCAUCGAGUCAGUCAAAUGCGAUAGAUAUUCUGAAUCGUCUAAGCGGAAAUAUUCAUCAAGUGAUUACCGGUGUAUGUUUGAUUUGGACUGUAGCUGGCAGACAACAUAAAGUGGAUUUAUUUCAUGAAGUGACAAAUGUUAAAAUGGCCAGUUUGGAUUGUCGAACCAUCGAGGCGUAUGUACAGUCUGGAGAACCAAUGGAUAAAGCUGGUGCUUAUGGAAUUCAAGGUUUGGGUUCAAGUUUAAUAGAAAAAAUCGAUGGGGAUUAUUUCAAUGUCGUUGGCUUGCCUGUUUAUCGUCUGUGCCAGUAUUUACGAGCUGGAUGCAAAGACAUAAAUUCUUUAAUUCAUAAAUAGGCUGAGUAUUUGUAAAGAGAUGCGAAAUACUUUUAAGGACUUAUAGCCGACUGUAUCUUCGCGAACUUGGACAAUAAUGAAUAUUGAUUCAUCCAGCAGACUCAAGAUUUACUCUAAGACACUAAUUUAUUUUCUUGAAUAUGCAAAAAUCAUGUCCAAUUUCUUUCCAUAUAUGUAAAAGUAUUCGAAAGAUAAGACUUUUUUACCUUUACUAUAAAGAGAGAAACUGUGUACUACUGUAAAGUUUAAUUCCAGAGUAAAAUAACAAAAAAUAAUAGUAGA